CUCGUCUCUGAGCAGCCAUGAUGCAGGAAGGCCUGGACGACGGCCCCGACUUCCUCUCGGAGGAAGACCGCGGAGGUUCCCUUGGUGUCUCCCCCAGCUUUACUGAGCUUAAAGCAAUAAAUGUAGAUCUUCAAAGUGAUGCUGCUCUGCAGGUGGACAUUUCUGAUGCUCUUAGUGAGAGGGAAGUAAAAUUCACUGUUCACACAAAAAGUUCAUUGCCAAAUUUUAAACAGAAUGAGUUUUCUGUUGUUCGACAACAUGAGGAAUUUAUCUGGCUUCAUGAUUCCUUCGUUGAAAAUGAAGACUAUGCAGGAUAUAUUAUUCCACCAGCACCACCAAGACCUGAUUUUGAUGCUUCAAGGGAAAAACUACAAAAGCUUGGAGAAGGAGAAGGAUCAAUGACAAAGGAAGAAUUCACAAAAAUGAAACAGGAACUGGAAGCUGAAUAUUUGGCAAUAUUCAAGAAGACAGUUGCAAUGCAUGAAGUGUUCCUAUGUCGUGUGGCAGCACAUCCUAUUUUGAGAAAAGAUCUAAAUUUCCAUGUCUUCUUGGAAUAUAAUCAAGAUUUGAGUGUGCGAGGAAAAAAUAAAAAAGAGAAACUUGAAGAUUUCUUUAAAAACAUGGUUAAAUCGGCAGAUGGAGUAAUUGUUUCAGGAGUAAAGGACGUAGAUGAUUUCUUUGAGCAUGAACGAACAUUCCUUUUAGAAUAUCAUAACCGAGUUAAGGAUGCAUCUGCUAAGUCUGAUAGGAUGACAAGAUCCCACAAAAGUGCUGCAGAUGAUUACAAUAGGAUUGGUUCUUCAUUAUACACUUUAGGAACUCAGGAUUCUACAGAUAUAUGCAAAUUUUUCCUCAAAGUUUCAGAACUGUUUGAUAAAACAAGAAAAAUAGAAGCAAGAGUGUCUGCUGAUGAGGACCUCAAACUUUCUGACCUUUUGAAAUAUUACUUAAGAGAAUCUCAAGCAGCUAAGGAUCUCCUUUACCGAAGAUCUCGAUCACUAGUGGAUUAUGAAAAUGCUAACAAAGCACUGGAUAAGGCAAGAGCAAAAAAUAAAGAUGUUCUACAGGCUGAAACGUCCCAACAAUUAUGUUGUCAGAAGUUUGAAAAAAUAUCUGAAUCUGCAAAACAAGAACUUAUAGAUUUUAAGACAAGAAGAGUUGCUGCAUUCAGAAAAAAUUUAGUGGAACUUGCAGAAUUAGAACUGAAGCAUGCAAAGGGUAACCUCCAGUUACUGCAGAACUGCCUGGCAGUGUUAAAUGGAGACACAUAAGCCACAUUCUUCUUCCUGUUAAAAAGGGCUGCCUUCCUUUAAAUCUUAUUUUUGUUUUCUUAAUGAUGUUAAAGCAUUUAUGCUCACUGGAAACAAAACAACUGACAAAGUGCAUCUACUCCUCUUUUUCUGGGAAACAGUGGAGCAGCGCCGUGCACGGGCAGUGCCAACCGCGUGUGACUCUGCGCCCUGCUCCUCUAGACUGCUCUGUCAUCGUGCACUCGUCCCACUCAGAAGCCCAAAGUUCAGUCUUCUGAUUUU